AAAAAAUACAAAACCCCUUUCUAUUUUCUCAUAGUCAUGACCAAAGGAGGCAAGCUCACAAAAAUCAAAUCAGUCUUGAAAAAAAUGCAAUCUUUCAAACUUGGUCGUGUCAAUAGCAUCAACAACACAAACAUGUUGGAAAACAAUGCAUAUAAUUCAUACGAAGACGAUAACAACAACAACAACAACAACAAUUUACACCCCGUCUACGUUGGAAAAUCGAGACGUAGGUACCUAGUUACCUCCGAUGUUAUCGAUCACCCUCUUUUUCGAGAACUUAUCGAAAGGAGGACAAGUGAUUCGGAGGAAUAUGUUAGUGUUGGAUGUGAAGUUGUUUUAUUUGAACAUUUGCUAUGGAUGCUUCAAAAUGCUGAUCCACAACCCGAGUCGAUGGAUGAACUUGUCGAGUUUUAUUCAUGUUGAUUGAUU